AUGUGUGGGGUGACGCCCUCUACCGAGACCUUCUUCGACACGCAUGUGUGGGGUGAUGCCCUCUACCGAGACCUUCUUCGGUGGGGUCACCGCCUCUGGGAGGAGGUUCACAUUGAGGGGCUCAUACAGGGAGACAUAAGUGCUGCUGCUGCUGCUUCUCUGUUCUCUUCUAUAGUGCGAGAGCUGCCUAUACACCGCGUGGUGGAUGCGGAGACAGCUGAGGCUGCUGUGCAGGUGUCUCCGUUGGGGUCUAUAAAAAAAAUAGAGACAGGGGGCCCCUCACCUGUCUCCUUAAGGUCUUAUAGUGCUCCUAUAAGGAGAAUACAAAUAAAACAAAAAAAAGAAAAAGGGGAGACAGAGACAGAAGAGAAAGAGACAGAAAAAGAGACAGAGACAGAGACAGAGGAGACAGAGAUAGAUGCAGAGAUAAAAGGAGACAUUAGUGCUGCUGCUGCUGCUUCUCUGUUCUCUUCUAUAGUGAGGGAGCUGCGUAUACACCGCGUGGUGGAUGCGGAGACAGCUGAGGCUGCUGUGCAGGUGUCUCCGUUGGGGUCUAUAAAAAAAAUAGAGACAGGGGGCCCCUCACCUGUCUCCUUAAGAUGGGGUCUGGGUUGA